GAAAUCAAAAGACAUUUCCUAUUAAUCAUAAAUCAUGAUCAUGAUGAAACUUAAACCUGUCAUUCUGGUAUUUUUCUCCAUGUUCCUCGUGUUACACUAUCUCACUAAUCAAGCCAAUUCCGAUUCUUCCCUAGAACAUACCGGAAUUACAACUCCGUUGCCGCCACCGCCACCGCCACCAAGAAAGAGUACUUACUGCAGUAGGUCAUCUUCAUCUCCACCUCCGCCGACAUACAUGUAUGUGACCGGUGUGCCUGGGGAACUCUACCGGACCGAGCCAGACGACCAAUGGGGAUAUUAUUCUAGUGCAAACCGGAAUCUGGUUAAGUGUCUCAUGGUUAUUAUGAGCUUCUCGUAUGACUUGUUGUUUGUGAAACUUUAUUGUGAUCAUAGAGUAGAAUUACAGCCAUAUGGCCUUGUCAACUUAGGGAACAGUUUUCCUCGGUUCACUAUAUGUGGUGUCAGUGCCGUCAUCUUGUUGGGCAGUUUGAUUACUCUUGGCUACAUCGACGAGGAUGAACAAAGGCACAACUUUGGACACAAAGGAGGGUUUCUCUGCCCAUUCGUCCCAUACCUUCCAGUUCUUUGCAUAUUGAUCAACACCUACUUGAUCAUCAACAUUGGAGCUGGGACAUGGAUCAGGGUCUUGGUAUGGCUACUUAUUGGAAGCAUGAUCUAUCUCUUCUAUGGCCGAUCUCACAGCUUACUGAACAAUGCGGUUUAUGUUCCAAGGACGACUUGUACCAGAAAAACAACAGAUCAUCUUGCUUAAGAUUGGUGGUUCAAAGCAGUAGCUGAAUGGACUCGAGCUCAAGCUUUGUUGUUGCUGAAGUAGCAUCUAAAGAGAAUUAAACAGUUUGGCACAGG